CUUUACAACACCACCACGCGCUUGUGCGCUCAAAUAGAGAAGUGUGGCGUCAGUAGUUCAGAAGGGCAGGGUACCAUUUGUUAUCACUAAAAACCACGGACGAAAAUGUUUAAUCUGGUCGCCCGACUCGCGUGUCUCUAUGCUUUUACGUAUGUAGUUGUCCAUGGGCAAGAUGAAAAGGGAGAGCGCUUUCUUUGUACUGCAGUUCCCAUUAACAAGGAUACAAGUUGCCCCGUGCAGUCUCUGCCUUUUCAAAGUACAACGGUUCAGGAGGAAGAACUCAGGAACACUGUCAUGCAACUUCGAGAGACAAUCUUACAACAAAAGGAGACCAUUAUUAGUCAGUUAGGAACAAUAAAAGAUCUGACGUCUAAACUCUCACGCUGUGAGUCUGAAUCAGAAUCCUUUCGGAAAAACAUCAAGGACACGAUGGAUGAUGUGCCUAAAGACCCGAAUGACACCACUGAUGUUCUGGGAAAGACCAUGCAGACUCUAAAGUAUCGACUAGAAAAUCUUGAGCAACAACAAACACGGGCCAAUAUCUCUGGUGACUCCUUCCCCAAUGAGCUGAGAAAUCUACUGCAGCGUAGAUUGGAGGAUCUGGAGAAUCAACUGCUGAAGAAGGUCAAUGAUCUUGAGGCAGAGAAGACUCAGCUAUAUAAUGAGACGGUUGCUCAUCGGCAGCGAACAGACAAUACCCUGAACUCUCUCAUGAAUAGGCUCUCUGAAUUAGAAAAAGGAGGAGCUGGAUUCAAAUCACCAGAGAAUUUCAAAAUCUCUCUUCCUCUACGAACAAAUUAUCUUUUUGGACAAGUAAAGAAAAGCUUGCCAGAAAUGUAUGCCUUCACUAUUUGCAUGUGGCUCAAGUCAAGUGCAAGUCCUGGCAUUGGAACCCCUUUUUCCUAUGGAGUGCCUGGGCAAGCAAAUGAGAUAGUACUGAUUGAAUGGGGCAAUAACCCAUUAGAACUGCUCAUCAAUGACAAGGUGGCGCAACUACCUCUAUCACUGAGUGAUGGGAGAUGGCACCACGUCUGCAUCACUUGGACUACAAGGGAUGGGCUGUGGGAAGCUUAUCAGGAUGGCCAAAGAUUGGGCACAGGUGAAAACCUGGCCCCCUGGCACCCUAUCAAGCCUGGUGGAGUCCUUAUCCUUGGCCAAGAGCAGGAUGUAGUUGGGGGGCGCUUUGAUGCCAACCAGGCCUUUGUGGGAGAACUGAGCCACUUUAACAUCUGGGAUCGGGUCCUGCGCUCGACAGAUAUCAUCGCAAUGUCAAACUGCUCAUCCUAUAUCCCUGGGAAUGUGGUGGCCUGGGACGACAGUAAUAUUGAGGUGUUUGGUGGUUCCUCAAAAUUGCCACUUGGACUUUGUGAAGACAGGCUCUUUGACAAUUAAAGGUUUUUGUGGAUAUUAAAGAGAUAUGGUAUAUUGCUAUUCUUUCAUCCUCAGAAAAUAUUUACUCAGACAAGCAGUGGAGGACAGUUUUUAGCUAAACCAACUUAAAAUCAACCAUAUAUGUACUUGCAUAUGUUCUUGGAGAGAUAAUAACAUACAGAUAAAUGUAAUAUGUGUAGUGGAGCAAUUUCAGUUAGUGUAGUUUCAUAUUUGUGGCUGAAGGAAAAUACCCUUAUAAAGAAAGUACUGCAUUGGUACCAUGGAACAGUCAUGGUAUCUGAUGGUAAAGCCAUGGUACUCAUUGUAUUACCAUAUUUAUGAAAUACAUGACAUAUAUCAUGGUAAUGUAUGAUUACUACAUCCAUAUACCAUGGUAUUUACAAGGAACAACACUACACCUCACUUUAAGCUUCAAAUGAGUUACCGUGGAACCCAAGAAAGAAAAAACAUGACCAAAACAUUUUCAUGGUACCUUUUUUGUAAGUUUAAUUACCCUGUCACGUUCACAGAGACACACACGCACACAGUCUUGUUGACAAGAAUCCCCUCUUUUUAUUUAAUGAAAUGUGAACAAGGCCACUCAUGCUAUAAGAAAGGCUACUUUUGGACCUUGUGUUAUUCAGUUAAAAGAUUUGAAACAGAGGACUGGUGAAAAUAAGUUUACAGUGGUCCUUUACUUGUACAGAUGUACCCUUUAGCAUUAGCACAACUGUGAAAGCUACUAUUUUGCACCAUAUCUUUUUAAAAGAUGUCAAAGAAUGUCAUAUGAAUCAAUAUUUAUGUUAGACUAUUUAGAUUACACUGGCGACCUGUCCAGGGUGUCCCCCGCCUUUCGCCCAAUGUUAGCUGGGAUAGGCUCCAGCCCCCCGCGACCCUGUACACAGGAUAAGCGGUUGACGAUGGAUGGAUGGAUGGGAUAUUUAGAUUACACUGUUUUUAGAGUCCAAAGCCCACCUUUGUUUAACUGUUUAUGUGGAUUGAAAUACCUAUUGAAGGUUAUAAAUGUUUUAAGACUGUAUAUUUUAAUGAAAUUUAAGUUAUAUCGUAAGCUCUAUUUCUUUAAACAUAUAUUUUUAUACCCUCUUUUUUCAGAAUAAAUAUAAUUAUGUGUUGUUUCUAUGUAUGUGUCAUAAUUUUUUGUUUUAUGAAAGGCCUUCUUUUACAUAACUGUGCCAAUUUUUCGGCAGGGUUUGCUAAACACUGCUAACAUGUCGUUGCCAAUGAAAAAUAAAAAUA